CACACGCCUGUGUAUUUACCCCUGCGGUCGGUCAAAUGUUAUAGCGGCCAUUCAUCAUUUGCAUUCGACCGAGAAGAGAAAAAGGAGCGCUUGAAUCUCCUCCAAGCAGACGAGAGGUUACAGUUCUCGUUUAGAUCUCAUUUAUACGCGUCUUCACGCCUCAGUUAUAUUUUCUACCGUGAUGUUGUCAUCGUAUAGUCAGUGAUGUAUAUAUGCAAUAUUAUUCAUACUUAAAUCGAUUCGUGCCAAAAAAAAAUCGAAGGAAAAUAUUCAAACACUUGUUUCACUUGGAUUUAGAUUUCUAUAGUGUAUUAAUGUAGAAAAAGAUGACAACAAUCAAUAAUCGCUAAAACAAGUGUGUUACAUGUGUGAUGACAUAAAUUUGAGAUUUCUGACCCCUGUCUAGUAAAUCUGCAUUUUUUAACGCUUUCUUCAGUUCGCGAUUUGAUUGGAGGAACGAUGUGUUACGUCAUAGUCACGUGUCGUUCGUUAGGAUGGACGCUUCUCAGUGUCACCGUAACCUUAGCAACCGUGGCAGCAGUUACAUCCCCUCAUUGGUUGAUCGGAACCCCUCGGGAAACUACCAUUCAACUCAUCAAUUCGUCUGAGAAUUAUAUGGACUCGGAAACUUUCCGACCCACCGUAGGAAUAUUCAAUAGGUGCACAAAACUUCAGUUGAAUUUCCAAAUUGCCAAAGUCAGAGACAACUGUGCAACAUUCGUCGUAGCGUUUAUGGCGGAGGAUGACUAUUUUCCGCAUGCGUGGAAGGCGUGCGUGAUCCUGUUUGCAAUCGCUGGAACCUUUCUGCUUUUUGCCAUGUUGUGUUCUGUUAUGAGCCUCUUUGUUCGUUCCAUUUGUGGCAAGAGUAUUUUCAAUGUUGCAGGAUUUAUACAAAGUAUAGGAGGGUUAUUUUCUGUGAUUGGUCUGGUAGUAUAUCCGGUUGGAUGGGGCACCAAAAGGGUGCGAGAUCUGUGCGGAGAAUACGCCGAUCCUUACGUCAUAGAUAGCUGUUCGAUAGGCUGGUCCUACUACCUCGGGAUAGCCGCCACAGUGCUGGUUUUCAUCACCGCCGUGCUGUCUGUCCCCGCCGAUCGAUCCACCACCAGCAGGAAAGUGGAAGAGGAAAUGCUGGAGGGCAAAAAUCUCAUCUGUGUAUUGUGAUGUCACUUCCGGAUUAACAAAACUCGGUACCUCUCGGACGUUGUCGUUACUCUGACAGACACGUGUUCACAUGUUGUUACUUGUAUGUAUGUAUACACAAAAUUGUGCUACAAUUCUGCUGAUAGUAGAAUGAUUUUGAAUAAAGAGGCCAAAUUUUAGAGGGAAUAGAAAACAGUUUCCUCCAAAAGAUAUUUGCGUGAUUUUAUAAAACGCCAUCUCUUCCUCUGCAAUUAGCAUGAUACAUUUUUGUUUGUUUGUUAUUUUUUGUAACAUGCGUAUAAAGAAAUGUGAAAUUUCAUUUAUGAACAUAAAAUGAUUGCACAUGCGUAUCAUAUAUAAAUACUCACAUGUAGAUGAUUCUUGAGAUGAUAUGUUCUUCUAUGAGUGGUUUUAAUGUCCUGUUCAUGCCUCUAGUCUUUACUGUGCAACCAAAGACCCCCCCCCCCCCUUUCCACCGGUAACAGGAUAUAAUACUCAGAGAUUUCAUACAUCACCCAGUAACGUAAUGCUAAUACUAAUACUCUGUCAAUCUUGUUAUUUCAUAAACUUAAAGGUAGAUUUUGUAGUUCUGUACAGAAAACUAUUUUCAUUACGACACAAGAAAAUAUUUAAAUGGUAGAAAAAAAAUAACACGGUAUAUUCCAAUUUACUGAUGCUUUGGGAUUUGGUGUUCAAGUAUUCUCACCCCAAAGGGUCAAACAGCGCACCCUAAUGUCACCCUACCCCCAUCUCUUCAAAAUGCAGAUGAGGGUAAACGGCCCGUACAACUCAGUCUAGGGCUCUAGGAGUAGUUGUACAUUUGACAAUAAAUUUUCUUUUAUUGUUUCGAAGCAAGGAGAUGACAGUUAGCACGGUAAUGUUGUAAAUAUUGAAUUUACUGGAUGCAUGGGUGUAAAUACAGAAUUUAUAACAUUACAGUUUCAUCCAAGUGUGUUUUUUUCACUAUAUCGUCUCAACCCCUUUCACCCCCCCCCCCCCCCCCACCCACCCACCAAUCGGACUCUUUUUACUGUAUUGAAGUUAUUGGUUUGAAAUAUUAUAGUCACAUGUCCAUUUACGUUUUUGUUAAUUUAUUUUGACUUCCGUAUAUCGUUUGAUGUUUUUGUUUUCUACAGUUUUGACAAAUAUAUAUAUACGCAUUGUAAUUCAUAUUUCAUCCCUUUUUUCCCAGUAUCAUGUAUUGAAUUUUUCAUUGUACAUUUAUUCAAGAUAAUUUAUGGCCAUGUUUUUUAUGAUUAAUCUCGAG